CCUUAGGUCCUGUUUAACUGGAGAGCUGAUCCGCUGAAGGUCGUCUGUUGUUUAUUAGAACAAUACUGUCUCCAUCCCCGUUCUUAUACUUCUGCUGAAUUUUCAUUCUCUCAGAGUCUCUCGUUCUCAUCACCAUUCACUCGUUCUCCUAAACCCUUCCUAUCUUCGCAGUAUAAUGAAGGUUCUUGCUACUCUUCUGCCUAUUGCGCUCAGCGCGCGCUCCGUCUCUGCGGCAACAUGGUACUUCUUGCGUUACAACACGCCUACCGACAGCAAGUUCACCGGUCUCUCUGGUGAGCUGGUCGUCCCCGAGCUCCCGGCUGCGGCGACGUACUACCUAUGGCCCGGCCUGCAGCCAACGGACGGCAGCGGCGUGUACCAAAACGUUCUCGAUGGUAAGAGUGGCACGUGGUGGUUCGGAACAGGGUGGUGUUGUUCCAACCCUAGCCUUCCCUGGGGAAGUGGAUUCAAUACGUAUGCGGGCGAGACCGUCAAGUUUGAAAACACGCUGGAUGCAGAUGGAGCAAACUGGAGCUCAACAGUCGUGCACGAGAGCACUGGCACAAGCAAGACGGACAGUUUUGCAUUGUCCGAAAAAUCUUUCAACCAGGCGCUCUUUGCCAUCGAGCUUUACGACAGGGACUGGGACUUUGGCGAGCUCAAGUUCCAGAACGUCGUCAUUACUGCUACCGGAACGGAUGACAGCUGGUGCAACGACUCGCCAGAAAACUACAACGGAGCCGCGUCCUUCUCCGUGACUGGAGUAAAAGCUAGCGUCAGCGACAAUGUCGUGACUUGCAACAUUGACAGCUUGGUCUUGGAGGGCCCGGCCUAAACGUACUACUAGUAAUGAGAGGUGCAGCUGGAUAUUGCCAGAAUUCGAAUAUCAAACCGUUUAUCUGAUGAUUUGACACUUAAUGAGGC